GGUACCUACCUACCUCAACCAAGGACUUGCAGUGCGGAAAUUCUUAAUUGACUCAACACUGAUUGCUUCAAUCUCCAGCCUGAAAUUCCAAUCAAUUUACCAAAGUACCCACCAAAUUUGCACGGCUUACCAAACCGUGAAGACGUCGACACACUCGCUCACGCCAUUUUAUCAAUCCAUCAAACCAGGCUCAGCGCGCACAAGGUCAGCAACCAGCAAGCGUACACGGAGGCGUCAGCAAAUUCAACGCACAUCUUGACAUGUUCCGCCGUGUGUGCCUCACCCUGCCCAGAGCUGCACGACCAUACGCCAACAUGGCAUCCAACACGCCCAUGGAGGAUGCGAUCAGGACCAAGAUAAGCGCGACCUUCCAACCAUCCCGGCUCGAGAUCCACAACGAUUCCCACCUGCACGCCCACCACAAGGCCAUGCAGGGCAGCACGUCUCGCGAGACGCACUUUAGGCUCGUCGUGACGUCGGAGCAGUUCCGCUCAAAGAACCAGCCCGCCCGCCACCGGGCCAUAUACUCGCUGCUCAAGGACGAGAUGGCCAAGGAGGGCGGCAUCCACGCCCUGCAGCUGAAGACCAUGACACCCGAGGAGGACGAGAGGCAGAGGUUGAAGGAGGAAGAGCAGGCCAAGUAGGCGGCAUCAUGGCGAUGACUAGGCAGGUCAGAUAACCGUUAUCGGUGGCCCUUGUUGGCUGCUCGCGCCUUGUGUUUUGAUACAGUAGUAAGCAACGACAACCAUGUAAACAAAAUUUGCACCAUCUGUAGUGCUAUGAGCUAAGUAUAUGGCCACUCCGGACCCCGAAGGUGUACUCUAGCAGGUUUGCAUAUUUCAACCAAGACAUCCGUAUAUUGGACUACUCGUGGGUCGGUUGCAGGUUCCAUCUGACACCACUAUAAUAUUCGCUCAGUCAAAUCACGCAUGGCAGGGCAUGAUCGAAACAUGUCCCGGCAGGCUGUACCAUUGGAAAUAUUGGCCGUGAGGCAGUUGACCUGAUGUCCAGGUGUUUUCACUGUUCUGAACAACCAGACUCUCGCAACUUCGUAAAGGAGCUGUCAUGGCAACGUGGCCUGUACUUCCUUCGCUGAUCCAAGGGCAACUAAACGCCGGAGAACAAGACUGGUUUCAAGUUCGAGGAAAAGGAAAGUACCGCCCUGGUUAUACAAGGCAAGAGUAAGGACGGGGACCGUGACAGAAUUGUUGCGCCUGCGCAGGAUGUUCUACCCACCAAUGACGUCGGAGAAGGCAGAGAGAGCUAUAGGUA